AUGUCUUUCACCGGUGCAGCCGCUGGCCCGUUCAGCGACGUUCUCCGCGGAAGUCAAAACAGGCUUCGCCGUUGUCGGCAGGCGGAUGCGACCGACGAUCGCCAUCCCGCCAAUCACGCGCUGCAACCCUUUGACGGGGUACGGCACACGGCUUUUCGGAUCCGAUCGUCCGACGUCCUACCGCACAGGGGUGAUGGUGUGUACCUGCCGCCAAAAACGCUGUACAUUGGGGGUAGAUGCAGGAGGACGCCCGCGACCGCCACUCCCAAGCAGGCCCCCAAGCGGGCCCCGAGCAGGCCCUCGAGGCUCGAGCACACGCCCCGGCUCUCGCGUCGUCUGCGACCAUGGACAUGUAAUGCAAGCGAGAUGCGUCCCGAUACCCCUCGCGGGUCACCCCACCACGAAGACGCCAGGAGCUGGCUCCGGCCGCGGGGUUGCUCCGGCCUCCGGAACACCGGAGCGGGGAGAGUGAGCACCGCCGUGCUAGUGUGGUCCUGGGACGUCACUCCCGCGGGCGUGUGGGUCGACGCGCCGAGAGCACAGACCACCACUCCGUAG